CAAGGCCACAGCUUACUCCUCUGGACAAACUAAAUAGUGCUAAACACCAUUACUGCUGGAUAACGCAGGAACCCUGACUUCCUUCUCCUCUGAGAGGGAAUGAGGGAAUAAUACACUACUAUAAGAACACCUUCUAGGAGAGAUGGCAGCUAAGUGGAUUCUUUUGUCAACACAAUCCAGCCUGAAAGUGGUUCCUCUGGAUUUUUCAAUGCUAACCAGAUUGAGUUAAGUUUAGCAGCCUAAAAAAGGACUUGAGCCCUGGGAACCAAGGCUGAGGUGAGCAUGAGAGGAGCCGAGCCACAAGUGCACUCUUUAUCUGGAUUCAGCAACAACGUGCGGAGGAACUUUUCUGACAUUCCAAUGUUCAGUGGUGAAAGAAGGGACCUGUGUUAUCAGUAGAACACGUAGUAUUACUGGACUCUCAAAUCUCCUGUCAAAUCAUUUUACUUAACACUCUGAUGAGGAGACAUUAACCACCAAAAAUGAAGAGGAGAUUUUACUUUCCAAAGUUCAACAUUCCAUAUUACUUUUUGACAUUGCUCAUAUUCCUGUGGCUGUUCAAUUGAUUGGGAUGUUUGCUUCAUUCUAUGCCUCAGUGAUUGUGAGUUUUUGAUGUGUCCGGCACUUUACAAUGCCUCUUCUUGUAGAAUGAAAUUCUUUCCUUUGGAAUGCUCAUUUAUCUGAUUAGGUCACAUAGUUGAGCUCAGGGACCACUGUUGAGCAUUGACAAGGAAAGUCUGCCCCCUCAUUUCUUGAGUCAUCCGAUCAAGGAGCCUUAUCUGUUUACCUUAAGAGAGGGAGAGGAGGAGGAGGGAGGUAGAAAAUAGACAUAACACGGAGUACCAGCCAGGAGAGAGUUUACAAAACAAAAAGAGGUAGAUAAAAGUGGGCAAGGACACGCACUGGUCUCCACAGCGCCGAGCUGUCACAAGCCAUCUGGGUCCUCUCAUAAUCCCCCAUCAAACAGCCCGACUGGCCAGAAAGAAAAGAGUGGAGGAAAAGAGGGGAAAAGGAGGGAGAGAUCUGGACGGUGCGAGAGACGGAGAUCUGGAAAGAGAGAGAGAUUUGGAUGGUGAGAGAGAGAAAAAUAUCUGGGUGGGGGGAAAGAGAGAGAGAGAUCUGGACAGAGAGAGAGAGAUCUGGACGGUGAGAGAGAGAGAGAGAUCUGGACGGAGAAAGAACAAAUGUGAAGAGAAAAGCGAAGAUGCCGGAGAACAAGGCGACAGUGUACAGGACCAGCAGCUACCUGUCCCACUCUGCCUACAGGAAGAUCAAGCGGGUUCUGAGCUUCAGGAGGCGCGUGUUUGGCCAGCGGCUGGAGGAGACGGUUCUGUAUGAGCGGCGUUACGGGGUACACAUGGCACCUCUGGUGGUGGAACAGUGUGUGGACUUCAUCCGGGAGCGGGGUCUUCUGGAGGUAGGAUUGUUCCGCCAGCCAGGCCAGGCCACGCUGGUUAAAGAGUUACAGGAUGCCUUCGACGCUGGGGAGAAGCCCUCCUUUGACAGCAGUACAGACGUGCACACCGUGGCGUCGCUCCUGAAGCUGUAUCUGCGGGAGCUGCCAGAGCCACUGGUGCCCUUCUCCAGAUACCAGGACUUCCUGGUGUGUGGCAAGAAGAUCUCCUCUGAGAGGAAGCAGAGUUUGACAGAACUACGGCAUCUUCUUCAUCAACUUCCAGUGGCUAACUUCAACCUGCUCAACUACAUCUGCCAGUUUUUGAAUGAAGUCCAGUCCUAUUCUAGCAGCAACAAGAUGAGCACCCAGAACCUGGCUACUGUUUUUGGCCCAAACAUCCUACGACCCAAAGCUGAAGAUCCAGAGAGUAUCAUUGGAGGGGCAGCCGUGGUGCAGCAGCUUAUGUCCGAGCUGAUCAGGGAGCACCUGUGCCUUUUCUCCAGGGAGGGGGGAGACAUAGAGGCCCCUGGCUCUUCACGCCCUGACUCUUACCCAUGUCAGAGAUGGAAAGGAGACCCAUUCGAGGGGGCACACAUCCAGCCAACUGCCCAGACCCAGUCACAUGAUUACAGUCUGGGCAUAACAGCCGAGCACCUCCCCCAACAACAGCUAGCUCACCAUCCUUCACCUUGCUGCCGCCAGCUCUCUCUGCCUCUGAUCCAUAAGAGGAGAGGGUCGGCCCAAAACCCAGAUGAAACCAGCUUAGCCACACGGCUGUCCAUCACAGACCACCACCAGCAGCCAGCUGAGGUGUUCUCUCCAGUAAGUCUUGCUUCUGGGCCUCUGUACCACAGACACACUCUAUCCCAGUCAGAGUCCCAGCCCACUGAGACCGCAGACAGCCCCCACCCUGCCUCCCAACUCACAGAAUCUGCCUCCACAGUGACGCUACAAGCUGCCCCAGAACCCAGCAGCAUACUGCCCAUUGGCUGGAGGGGCCCAGAGGAUCCCAGUUGGGCUGCAGAACAGGGGACUACUGGCACCAGUGGUAGCAGUGAGGCUCAGGACAGUAAUCUGUCUGUCUAUGACAACCUGGACACACUAGAACGCAUGGAGGAGGUGGCUGCAGAUGGUGGUGGGGGCCGCCCUGCUGGCCCAGUGGAGGUGGAGGUGGGCACGGCCAGCAUGGUAGACACCAGAAGCUCCUGGUCUUCCUGUGAGAUUCUGUCCCUGGAAGACAAUGGGUGUGGUGGGGUCAGAACCAGCCCAGGACGGGGGUCCACUAGGUUCCCCUCCUUCAGGACUGACCCAGGAGACGAGGACCUUCCUCCUAACUCCCCAGCCUCCUCCUCUGCCCUCACUGAUGCCCCCCUGAGCACGGGCAGCUCGGAGGUCUUCCUGCCCUCUGCUCCUCCGGACCUCCGCGUCCCCCCGGCCUCCCAGGCCAUGCACUGGCUCUUGACUGGCCUCAGACAACAGAUGGCCAGGCAGAGGGCUGAGUUCGAGGCCAAGAUCCAGAGGUUGGAGAUGCGUAACGAGGCCCUCCAGGGGGAGGUGGUGGGACUGCGGAGCAGCCUGGAGCAGCAGCGCCGCUGGUACAGUGUGGCCGAGAUCAAGAUCCGCAACGUGGAGCGUGCCAGGGCCGAUGCCGACCGCCGCAACACCACUCUGCAGAAGGAGAUGGAGCAGUUCUUUGAUACCUUCGGAGAGCUGAGCGCUGAGGCCCGGAAGAGCGAAGGUUAGGGUUAGCACCCCUGGAGAGCUGAGCGCUGAGGCCCGGAAGAGCGAAGGUUAGGGUUAGCACCCCUGGAGAGCUGAGCGCUGAGGCCAGGAAGAGCAAGCAUAUCUUACAGAGCUAGUCAGAUUAGAGAAAGAUGCCAUUAUCAGAGCACUACAAGAGCAGUAUCAGGAGAAAACACCAUCCAUCUGAAUAGAAUAUAGAGAGAACUGUCUGUUGCCAUGAUUAAUCCAUAUUGGAUUUGUCUCAUAAUGAGUUGUACAUGUUUGAGGAUGGUUUUGAGAUGGAACCUGCUGAGAUGGGCAGCUCUGCUCCGAUGCCUUGGACAUUGUUCAACCAGACAUAUUGACCACCAGACCAGACCAGACCAGAAUGAGGUGGACUGGAGACGAUGGAGACAGACAAGAAACAUAAGCUACUGAGCUCACUAAAUGUGUCUAUGAUUGAAAUGAGAACUAUAAUAUACAGAAUCAAAACUUGGAGACU